GCUCGGUUCUAGCCGUUGCUGCAGCUGUUUCCCAGCCCUUUUCAAGACUCCGGUGACCGACCAGAAGCCCUUGUUUCCAGGAUGGUGAUCCAUGUGUAUAUUGCAUCUUCUUCUGGCUCUACGGCGAUUAAGAAGAAACAGCAAGAUGUGCUUUGUUUCUUAGAAGCCAACAAAAUAGGAUUUGAAGAAAAAGAUAUUGCAGCUAAUGAAGAGAAUCGAAAGUGGAUGAGAGAAAAUGUACCUGAAGACAGUCGACCACCCACAGGGUACCCAUUGCCACCUCAGAUUUUCAAUGAAAGCCAGUACCGUGGGGAAGCAGAAGCCCAGAGCAAAGCAGCAAGCAUACAUUCUAUUCUUCCUUAA